GGCAAGUUCGUAGCACCUGCUGGCUGAGCCCGGCGCGGGCCAGCCAUGUCCGAGAUCCUCUGCCAGUGGCUCAACCAGGAGCUGAGGGUGUCCCGGACCGUGAAUCCCAAGUCAUUUGCAAAGGCAUUUUCCAAUGGUUACCUUAUUGGAGAAGUCCUGAACAAGUUUGAACUUCAAGAUGAUUUUUCAGAAUUUUCAGAGAGCAGGGUAGCUACUGCCAAACUUAAUAAUUUUUCCCGCUUGGAGCCAACACUCCACCUUUUGGGCGUGCAGUUUGAUCAGAAUGUGGCCCAAAGCAUCAUCACAGAGAAGCCUGGGGCAGCAACCAAACUUUUAUAUCAAUUGUACAUUGCUCUUCAGAGAAAAAAGAAAAGUGGACUGACAGGCAUAGAAAUACAAGCUUUGCAGCCUCAGACAACUUCAAGACUUCAAAACAUGAAGAGCGAAGCUUUUCGAGAGAAACUUAAAAACCUGAUACCACGCCAAACUGAUUUCAAUCUGAUGCGGGUUACAUACAGGUUUCAAGAAAAAGUUAAACAGAUGAAUGAAGAUCUUGACCAAAUGCACUUUGAGGAAUUUGAAAAAUUUCAAAAAAUCAAGGAAGACCAAAGAUGUUUAAAACUCAAAAAGCAACGCUUAAGCAGAAGACGACAAAAUGAAAUAAUGGCCAAAAUUCAAGCAGCUAUCAUACAGAUUCCUAAGCCUGCAGCAAAUCGUACAGUGAAAGCACUUGAGACCCAAAAAAUGAUGAAAAAGAAAAAAGAGGCAGCGGAUGUGGCCAAUGAAAUUAAGAACUUUGAGGCAUUAAUAAAAAAGGAUCUUCAAGCAAAAGAAAGUUCUUCCAAGACUUUUUUAGAUACAACAGACCAGAUAAUUUCAGAUUUGUUAAAUACUUACUCGGAUGAUGACUACAUUAAAAAAAUCCAGAAGCGCCUGGAAGAAGAUGCUUUUGCUCGAGAGCAAAGAGAGAAAAGACGGCGGAGGUUGUUAAUGGACCAGUUAAUAGCUCAUGAAGCCCAGGAGGAAGCCUAUCGAGAGGAGCAGUUGAUUCACCGGUUGAUGCGCCAGUCCCAGCAGGAACGCAGGAUUGCUGUUCAGCUCAUGCAUGCUAGGCAUGAAAAGGAAGUUUUGUGGCAGAACAGAAUUUUCAGGGAAAAACAAUAUGAAGAAAGACGUCUCAAAGAUUUCCAGGAUGCUCUUGAUCGAGAAGCGGCUCUGGCAAAACAAGCCAAAAUUGAUUUUGAAGAACAAAUCUUCAGAGAAAAGGAAAUUCAUGAGAAGAUUGCUGUAGAAAGGGCUCAGGCUCGUUAUGAGAAGCAUUAUACAAUUUGUGGAGAAAUUUUGGAUCAAAUACUUGAUUUGUCCACUAAAGUGGCAGACUACCGGAUGCUGACAAAUAAUCUGAUUCCAUAUAAGAUGAUGCAUGACUGGAAGGAACUGUUUUUUAAUGGAAAGCCCAUAUAUGAACAAGUCAGGCCUGGGCUCCCUAGGUCUUCUUCAGGAGAACUCAUAGAACUGGAGAAAAGAAACCUGCUAGAUAGCAAUGACUAUGAAGAAUACAAGAACAUGGUUGGAGAGUGGGCAGUACCGGAAGAAUUAAUAGAAAAUCUACCACCCUCCAACAAUAGUAUAUUGGGCCAUGUGCUUCAGAGGCUAAUAGAAAAAUCUCUUCCUCCUCAAAUUGAGUCAACAGAACCUGAAAUACCUUCAUUUGCUGUUAAAGGAUGCUUACUAGGGAAAACACUGAGUGGAAAAACUAGCAUUCUAAAGGCCUUACAGAAAGACUUUCCUAUUCAGGUACUUUCUAUUGACACUCUUGUCCAAGAAGCCAUCCAAGCAUUUCAUGAUAAAGAACAAAGUACAGUGAUGCCACCAAUUCAGGAAGAGAAUGAAGGACAGGCUGUACCUAGUAUACAAGAAGAAACCCAGGAUUCACAAAGUCCACAAAAUAUAUUAUCCGCUGGUCCAGUUUCAGGUGGAGCAUUACCAGUAACAGAAGGUACUGAUGCUGAUAUAAUACCAACACCUGACGAAAAUGGUUUCUCAAAACUCAGUGUGCGUGCUCAGCUUGGUGAACAAUCAGAGCAAUUGCUGAAGAGAGGAAAAAGCAUUCCAGACUCAUUGCUAGUUAGCAUCAUGGUGAAUGCUAUUAGUGAGAUACCUAUGCAUCAAGGCUGGGUCCUUGAUGGUUUUCCAAUGACCUUAAACCAAGCACAGCUCCUGGAAGAAGCUCUUACGGGCUAUAACAGAAGCCAAAUAGAAGCAGAAAGAAAGAAUACACAAAUACCUACACUGGCUAUUGAUCCUACAACUUCCAAAGCAGUACCUCCUCCCUCUCCAGCAUUUGAUUUUGUUUUAUUACUCGAUAUUUCUGAUACUGCUUCACUAAAUCGCCUGGCUGAAGAUAUUUCACAUGAAAUUUCUCAGGAGGACAUUGAUCAACAUGGAGCUGCCGAAACCCAUAAGGAAAGGGACCAGAACUUAAAAGACCAAAUACAGCAUAGGAUUAUAGGCUUCUUGGACAACUGGCCUGCAUUGGAGCGCUGGUUCUCAGAGCCAGAAAAUAUUUUGAUAAAAAUCAAUGCUGAAACUGAUAAAGAAUCUUUAUGUCAAAAUGUGAAAGAAAUUUUUACAGUUGAAAUUGACAAAAAAAAGAAGAAAGUGGAAAAGAAAUUAGAAGAAAAGAAAUUAGAAGCUGAGAAAAAAGAAGCAGGAAUUCCAAGGGAGCCUUCAGGUCUUACUCCCUCUCAACCUGAACCAGAAAAAGAGAAGGAAAUUCACCAUCAAGAUACUUCAAAAUCUUCUGCAAAAGGAAAGCCACAAUCAGGAAAAUCACCAGGAGGGAAAACACCUGUAAAGAAGUCUCCUCCUGUUAGCUCUUCAGAAGCGUCACCCACUCCAACCAUGCCACCGCCACCGAAGCCAGGAUCAGAAGAAUGGGUCUAUGUUGAUGAGCCAAUUCCUGAGGAAAUAACUUCAUUUUUAGUGCCUUACUGGGAACUGAUAGAGAAUUCCUAUAUCAACAGCAUCAAAACUGUACUCAGGCAUCUGCGAGAAGACCAGUUCUCUGUGCUCGUUUACUUGUAUGAGACCCGAACAAGUUUCCAGGAGUUUCUAAGACGUCCAGAUCACAAGCAGGAUUUCGUUUCUCAAUGGCAGGCUGAUUUCAACUCUCUUCCUGAUGAUCUGUGGGAAGAUGAGGACACAAAGGCUGAGCUACACCAACGAGUGAAUGAUUUGCGAGACCGCCUGUGGGACAUUUGUGAGGCUAGGAAGGAAGAGGCUGAGCAGGAGCGGCUGGACAUCAUUAAUGAGAGCUGGCUGCAGGACUUCCUUGGAAUCACCAUGAACCACUUCUUUUCCUUGAUGCAAGCAGAACUGAACCGUUUCCAAGAUACCAAGAGACUCCUUCAAGAUUACUACAGCGUGAUGGAAGGAAAAGUCCCAAUAGAAGACAAUGAGGGAUUUACGAGAAUCCCAUUGGUUCAACUUGAUGGUAAAGACAUCUCAGAAAACCAGCUUAGGAUUCCUCUAGUCCCUCGAAUAUCUAUUUCUCCGGAAAUGGCUACACCCAAACCAAAAGUCAAAGCAAUACUGAAAGGCAAGAUUGAUUACUCACUAGAAAACGUGGAAGCAAACUUUGAGGCUGAUGAAAAGUUGGUGAUGGACACAUGGCAGCAGGCUUCGUUAGCAAUCUCUCACAUGGUAGCUGCUGAAAUUCAUCAGAGGCUCAUGGAAGAAGAAAGCUUAAAUCAGCCACCAGAAUCAAACGAAAAGUCUCCUCAGCCUGGUGCAAGUAAAGGCAGAAAGGAAAAGGAAACACUCAAGAAGAAAAAGGAUGAAAAGAAAGCAAAAGGUAAACUCGAAUCUGCUACAGAAUCCACCCCUGUACUGUUAUCACCCUCUAAAGAAAACAUCGAAACUCAAAAUAGAAGUGAACUGAAGGUGAGAAUCAAGGAAGAACAUCUUGCUGCCCUGCAAUUUGAAGAGAUAGCCACACAGUUUCGACUAGAACUGAUCAAGGCAAAAGCAUUGAGUGUCCUUGAAGAUUUAAUCACAAAGGUGGUGGAUGUCUAUAAAUUCAUGGAAAAAUGGCUUGGGGAGAGGUACUUGAAUGAAAUGGCCAGUGUAGAAAAAUUAACAGAAGUAGCUCGCUAUCACAUUGAAACAUCUACAAAAAUUCAGAAUGAGCUUUAUUUAAGCCAAGAAGUUUUCUUCAUAAAUGGUGAUGUAAAAGUCUUCCCAGAUCCUCCACCACCAACACGUCCACCACCUAUAGAAAAGGAAGAAAAUGGCACCUUGACCAUCGAACAGCUUGAUAAUCUUCGAGAUCAGUUCUUCGAUUUGGCACCUAAAGGCACAUUAGGAAAUAAAGCGUUUACUGACAUUCUGCUUGAUUUGGUGACUGUGAAUCUAGGAACAAACAACUUCCCUAAUAGUUGGAUGCAUCUCACCCAACUUGAGUUGCAAGAAAUAACGUCUUUAUUGACAAUCAACUUUGAGUUCGUGGACUGGCGGAAAUUCCUGUUAGUGGCAGCGAUGCCCUGGCCCAUCCCACUGGAACAGGAACUCCUCGAGACCCUGCAGAGAUUCAAGGCUGCAGAUAAGGCGCAGUUGGGCACCAUCACUUUUGAGCAGUACAUACAGGCUGGACUGUGGUUUACAGGAGAUGAAGAUGUGAAGGUUCCAGAAAAUCCUCUUGAACCCCUGCCAUUUAAUAGACAAGAACAUCUCAUAGAGUUCUUCUUCCGACUGUUCGCUGACUAUGAGAAGGACCCACCCCAGCUUGACUACACUCAGAUGCUGUUGUACUUCGCAUGCCACCCGGACCCCGUGGAAGGUGUCUACAGGGCCCUCAGUGUGGCCGUGGGGACCCAUGUCUUCCGACAAGUUGAAACUCCUAUGCUGACUGCAGAAAAGACUUCCUUCUCUACUGAUGUAAGUCCUAUUGAAGAGUUUCCUGAACCUGAGGAAAAUGUCACAGGAGAGGAGAGGGAAAUAAGAGAGGAGAGGGAUGAGAGAGAACAGAAGGAAGAAGAAGUCCUUGAAAAUACAAACACUGAAAAGAUUUCCAUAGAGACACUACUCAAAGUGUUCCAAGGAGGAAACGAAGCACAAGAUGUGAACAGAUUUGUCAACCAUCUAAAGUCAGAGAACAUUUAUGCUGAGAGCUUCAACAAAACAUUUCAGGAUCUGGGUUCCAGGAACCUGGAGCCAAUUCAAGUUUCUCUCCUCUUGAAGCAUCCUUUCAUUCAAGACCUGAUUGCAAAUUAUUCAGACUACAAAUUUCCUGAUAUUAAAAUGAUUCUGCAGAGGAAUGAACACAUUCAAGGCAGCGAUGGAGAGAGGUCACCUUCAAGAGUUACAGAGGAAAAGAAAUGAA